AUGACACAUGACAGGCUGGACUUCCUGCUUGCUACGGAUGCCAUGUUGACAGCAUUGAUCAAAACGAAAGAGCCAGAAUUUGCUCCAAAAUGCUGUACCUUCCAGUCGAGGGUUUGCACGCCAGACGUACGAAUACACCAACGCUCCAUCGAUCUCUCCUGCAGACGAAAUCCAUACCCAUAUCCUACACCAGUAUACACCACCCACGGACGCCGAUGCCCGAGGACUCCAUACAUGCCUAAGUGUUGUGAUAGAGGACCAGCGCCAGGAACUUAUUCGGAAUUUUGUAUGGCCGGCUGUAUCAGCAGAUUUGAUCUUCGAGGACAGGUACCUUUUGGGAACUGCUCUAGCCAGGCCUUGCAUUGUUAGAGGCAUAAUUGAUGUGGCUAAGAGAGUAGGCGCAGGAUAUAUUUCACACGGAGCAACUGGCAAGGGAAAUGACCAAGUCCGUUUUGAGCUCGGCUGUUAUGCUUUGUGUCCUGAAAUCAAGAUCAUCGCACCAUGGAAGGAUCCAAAUUUCUACAAACGGUUCCCAGGACGACAAGAAUUAUUUGAGUACGCAAGGGAACAUGGAAUUCCCUUACCUGUUACACCUAAAUGUCCUUGGAGUAUCGAUGCCAAUAUGGUACACGUAAGUUACGAGUCAGGCAUUUUGGAGAACCCAGCCACUCAUCCUCCUGAGGGAAUUUUCCAGAUGACAACAGACCCAGAAAAGGCCCCAGAUAUACCACAAGUUCUUACUAUCACCUUUAACAAAGGUCUACCAUCUAGUGUAGUAAUUGUCGGGGAUGCCACACAAGUGAGGGAUCCACUGGAAAUUUUCUGUGUGUGCAAUUCAGUAGGAGCCAAACACGGAGUUGGAAGAACUGAUAUUGUGGAAAACAGAUUUGUUGGGCUAAAGUCAAGAGGGAUAUAUGAGACCCCAGGCUUGACAAUACUCCGGGCUGCACAUCUGGACCUCGAGGCUCUGUGCCUUGACCGUGAAGUGAGGAAAAUAAAAGCUUAUCUUAGCACUCGUAUGUCUGAAAUGGUAUACAAUGGGUUGUGGUACAGUCCUGAGUUCGAGUUCACAAGGCACUGUAUCAGCCAGUCCCAGAAGCAGGUUACUGGCAGUGUUACUCUGAAGGUUUACAAGGGCAAUGUGUAUGUGUUGGGCAGGAGUGCUCCAGUGUCCCUGUACAAUCAAGAGUUGGUUUCUAUGGAUGUCCAGGGAGACUAUGAGCCAGGGGAUGCCCAUGGCUUUAUCAAAAUCAAUGCAGUUCGUCUCCGAGAACACGAGCGAGUGAAGCAGAUUGCCAAGAGUACCUAAGAGGAAAGAGGAAUUGGUGUGUUGUAUCUUCAUAUAAUUCACCUUAGUUCAAGUCAGCAGAAAAUAUGCUAGAGACUAAUUAUACAAUGUAAUCGGUGGAACAGUAACACAAUAACUUACAGAAACGCAUGGUGAUGGGGAUUUUCAAUAGGAAAGUCUGAGAUUUUUGUAAUUAAAGCAUUGUCAGAAAGAUCAGAAUUAUAGGCUGAAAAGGGAAAAAUAGAGCAUUGCAAUAUUCAGCAAUGAUCAGUACUGAAACUAUGAUUUCUGCCAAUUAGCUAUAUAAAUCAAUACUGUACAUAUGCAAGAUUCAUCUGUAUUUUUAUACAUGCAACAGAACAAGAAUUUGAUGGAGAAGUGCCAAAGUGAUUUUUAUUACAGUCUGAGGGAAAUAAAAUAGAGUGUAC